AUGACGUCUGCCCCAGGUUUGUCCUUUGCCAACCUGACACUGAUGCUUGACCUUCCGCAGUUACCCGCAAUUUUUUUUGUGAAUUUAAGAAACAAUUUUAAAGUUCUUAUUAACGAAAUUAAACAGAAUGUAAUUGAGAGAGAAGACAUAUUUUAUCCUCAUAAUAGAAUUAAUUUGCAAAACACGAAAAUAAAUAAAAUGGGAAGAAUUCGGAAAUAUAGCAAUAACAAAAGUUGGCUAUUUGGUAACCCCUUUUGA